AUGUCCAAUCGAGACUGCGGGAAUAUCACAUAUGGAUAUGUUGAUCCCAGUUUCCCUAGACCAAUGUCGGAUGAUUCCGCGUGCAUCAUCAUAUAUGGAUAUGUCCCUUCUUUGGCCCUGGGAGUUCUCGGCGUCAUCCUUUUCAUUCUCGCUCUGGUACUUCACCUCUUCUACCUCAUUCGAUUUCGGACAUGGUACUUCAGCACCAUGGUCGUAGGCCUGGUCAUGGAAGUCGUCGGCUAUAUCUUCCGCCUGCUGGCAUCGAAGCGAAAUCCCUACUCCGUCUCAUAUUUCGUGACACAGUACUUCUGUAUUGUGGUCGCUCCGGUUUUCUUCUCCGCAGCGAUAUAUACCAUCAUCUCGGUCUUGAUCAAUAAUGUCGGGCAAAAGUAUGCACCGCUGUCGCCGACGGUGAUCUUGUGGAGCUUCAUCGCUUGCGAUGUGAUUGCCACUGCGAUUCAAGUGGCAGGGGCCGCGCUCGUCGGGGCGGCCUAUUCGGACCAGAAGAAUCCAGACACACCAAACAAUAUCCUCCUAGGGGGACUGGCGUUUCAGGUCUUUUCUUUCACCAUGUUCAUUCUGGUGUUGACCGUGUUCAUGUACAAGGCAAGACAGAUCAUGGGAACGAAACUGAAGGCCAUGACGGCAGCGGUCUUGGUUGCGGCACUUGCGGUGUACCUUCGAACAUGCUUCAGACUUGCAGAGACUGCCGAAGGUCUUUUGGAGUACCUUUCGACUCGCGAGGUGUUCUUUGGGUGCUUAGAGUAUUUGCCAAUUGUGAUCGCAGUGUACCUGUUGAUAUACUGGCACCCAGGCAGAUGGAUCCACAAGAGAGAAGCCUCCAUCAGCGUGGCUAGUGAGUGA